AAAAGCUCCAGUGAGCAGCAGCAGUUGGUCACUGACAGACGCUCCAUCCUCACAGCAGCCUGCAGCCUGAACAAUCCAACACCAGACGCAGAAUGAGAGCCUUGAUUUCAGUUGUGACCGUUUUGUGGGGGGUGGUAAUAGCCUCCACCGGCGCCAUCCACGGACUGUACAACUUCGGCCAGCACGAUUUAUUCCAGAAAAAGAACAGCUGCAAGCAAAUCCCUGAAAAUCUCCUGCUUUGCAAUGACAUAGAGUACACGAAGAUGCGCCUCCCGAACCUGCUGGGACACGAAACCAUGAAUGAGGUGCUGCAGCAAGCUUCGUCCUGGACGCCCCUGGUGCAGAAGCAGUGUCACCCCGACACCAGGAAGUUCCUCUGCUCGCUCUUCGCUCCCGUCUGCCUGGACGACCUGGACGAGGCCAUACAGCCCUGCAGGUCGCUGUGCGAGAGCGUCAAGCACGGAUGCGGGCCCGUCAUGCUGGCGUUCGGGUACCCGUGGCCGGAGAUGCUGGACUGCAACCGCUUCCCGCCCGACAACGACCUGUGCAUUCCGCCUGCAAGCAUUGAGAACGUCGUGCCUGUCACCAGAGAGGUGCCCAGGGUGUGUGAUGCUUGCAAAGAAACGGAAGAAAAUGGCAACGAAAUCGUUGACAGUCUGUGCAAGAAUGAUUUUGUUAUGAAGAUCAAAGUCAAGGAGAUCUCCUACAUUAAUGGUGACACCAAAAUAGUACCGGAGACCAAGACCAAGACCAUUUACACGAUGAACGGCGUGACGGAGCGUGACCUGCGGAGGACAGUGCUGUGGCUGAAGGAUGGGAUGCGGUGUAUCUGUGAGGAGAUGAACGACAUCAACGGCCCCUACCUGGUAAUGGGCCAGAAGAUGGACAGCCAUCUGGUCAUCACCUCCCUGAAGCGCUGGCAGAGAGGACAGCCCGAGUUUAAGAGGAUUUCCCGCAGCCUUCGUAAGAUGCAGUGUUAGGAAAGAAAGGAGGCUCCAGAUUUUAGGUUAAAUUUAGUUUAGCUUUUUCUGUUAAGCUGAGAUGUUUUUUGGUUUGUUCUCGAGAACAGAUUGCUCCGAGGUCUCAGACACUACAUAUCCCAGAUUCUUCCACUAUUGUUUUUUUUAUUAUUAUUUUUAUUUUAUUGAAGAUAAAUCAUAUUUUUAUUGUGCUUUAAUCCAAUUAAAUAUAUAUAGGAUACAAGUUGUGGGAGGUCCUCACGUUUAUGAAAUGUACUCCAUUAAUGAACAAUUGUUUUAUUCAUCUUUAGUUCACUGUAAAUUGAACUUGGCCCCCUAGUGGACAUUUGGGGAAUACCAUGUCUUUUUAUAAAAAUGAGUUUUUCCUUCACCUCCCAGUAGUCCAUGUAAAUAACAUUCAGAUUGUAUUUAAGGUGGAGCAGAACACCAUCACAUGCAAACUAUAUGGGCCAUUGACUCUAACGUUAAAAACUACCAAAUUAUGAGCAGAUGGAAUGCAGCUACAUUUUUAAUCCUGCUCUUCUGUUCUAAAGCUCCACAAGUACUUUUUAGUGAUUGUGACUUAACAUCAAAAUAAAAACAGCUUUGAGGUGAGAAAUGAAUUAAAAAAGAAAAAGGAUGAAAAUAUUAUUUCUACAUGUUUGUCCAGCUUUUUCAGAUGUAUUUUUAGCCUUUGUGUCAGAUACAUAAAGACAGAUUAAUUUUGCAUGAUGCACAUUGAGUCUGAUGCUUGUGUGUGUGUGUGUUCAUAGAUGUUUAGACAGUAUUUGUACUUUUAGAUAUUCCCUGUAUUUUCUCAAGUCAAUAUGAGAGAUAGCUGGCUAUAUUCUCCUGUUCAUCCCUAUAAUAUUAUUAGUAGACUGUUUUAUGUGAGCAACUGCUGUUUUAGCCUCAGAUAAAACUUUUUUUUUUUUUACUCUAGCGCUCAUUUUCAUGCUUGUUUGUUUGUUUGGUUGUUAAUAUUAGGAUCUGCAUCUUCAAUGAUUUUGUUUGUUCCAAGCAAAAUCUGGUCAUAACCAUCAGUGUCUCAAUAUACAGUAAAGUAUGAGUUUAUUACCUGUUUAGAUUAAACAAGCAAUGAGCUUAUUGCUUGUUUAAUCUAAUGUAAUAAUUUUUAAAGUUUUCUGAUGUAAAUAUACAAUAUUGCCACGUAUGUAGUUUCAGGUGUUCCUCGCUACAUGUUUAAAGAGGUCAAUUUGUUGCCUAUGUGGAUGAGUGUUCAGAAUAAAGUUUGAAUCUUUUUCA